AUGCCACACUCAAUUACUGACGCAAAGUCGUCUCCAGGUGCCGUCAAGGACGAACCCAUGGACGACUCUGGUGUUCCUGGCCGCAUUGGCCCGGCUGCCAGUGACGACGACGAUGUUGACAUGGACGAUACAGAUGAUGUCGCUGUCAUCAGGAAGGACAUCAGGCUUACCGAUAUGGUUGAUACCGACGACUCGGACGACGAAGAGUUUCCUAGUUCUGCGCCAGUCAAGCAACCGCCCUCUAGCCCUCCGGCCAGGAUACCAUCCCCAACUGACAUUGGUGCGUUAAAAGCAUCCGAUCCUGAGGUUAUGAGGAGUUUCUACCAACGUCUGUUUCCGUGGCGCCAGCUCUUCCAGUGGCUAAAUCAUAGCCCAACUCCCACCAACGACUUUGGAAAUCGAGAGUUCGCCUUUACUCUCCAAAAUGACGCGUACCUGCGAUAUCAAUCGUUUGCAACAGCUGAUCUGCUCCGCAAAGACGUCCUCCGUCUCAUGCCCUCACGUUUCGAAAUCGGUCCUGUGUAUUCUACGAAUCCGCGAGACCGCAAGAUGCUCCGCAACUCAUCUGCUUUCAAACCACUCGCCAAGGAACUCUGCUUCGAUAUCGAUUUGACCGACUAUGACGACAUUCGAACCUGCUGCGACAAGGCCAACAUUUGUAACAAGUGCUGGAAGUUCAUGACCAUGGCUAUCAAGGUGGUUGAUGUUGCACUGCGUGAAGACUUUGGCUUCAAGCACAUCAUGUGGGUGUACUCGGGUCGACGUGGUGCCCACGCUUGGGUAUGCGAUAAGAAAGUUCGCAGUUUAGACGAUCAGAAGAGGAAGGCGAUUGCCGGCUAUCUUGAGGUUGUCAAGGGAGGAGCACAAAGUGGCAAAAAGGUCAACGUUCGGAGACCAUUGCACCCUCACUUGGCUCGAAGCCUUGAGAUUCUCAAGACGCACUUCCAGGAAGACGUUCUGGAAGUACAAGACCCCUGGGGCACAGAGGAACGAUAUGAGAAACUCUUGCAAUUACUUCCCGAUCGCAUCCUGAACGAAUCCCUACGUCGUAAAUGGGAUGCCGCCCCUGGAAGAGCUUCAGUAUCCAAAUGGGCUGACAUUGACGCUGUGGCCAAGACUGGCGCUAGCAAGAACCUGGAUGCGCGGGCGCUCCUUGAAGCAAAGCAGGACAUUGUCCUUGAAUACACCUACCCACGACUCGAUAUCGAAGUUAGCAAGAAACUCAACCAUUUGCUCAAGAGCCCCUUCGUAGUGCAUCCCGGAACCGGCCGUGUGUGUGUGCCAAUUGACACCAGAGAACUCCAAGAUUUUGAUCCCUUGACAGUUCCUACCGUCCAGGAACUUCUCGGGGAGAUUGAUUCUUGGAAAGGAGACGACGGUGCCGCAAGUCAGGACGACAGUGGCAAAGGUAUCUCGGAUUGGGAAAAGACGAGCCUCAAACCGUAUGUCGAAUAUUUCCGGUCAUUUGUCAACGGAAUCAUGAGGGAGGAGGGAGAUGUGCGAAUAAAGAGGGAAAGGGAGAACACGAUGGAUUUCUAA